AUGGGCCACGCCCUGCGUGGCGGCGCCGCCGCGGCCCUGCGCGGCGCUGAGGGCGGCGCCGCCGCGGCGGCGCCCGCGGCGCCCGUGGCCCUGGCGGCCCUGGCGGCGGGCGGCCCGGCGGCGCGCGCCGCCGCCGCCGGGCCGCCGGCGGCGGGCCCCGGCGCGCGGUGCGAGCUGCUGGUGGCGUGGUCGCUGCCAGGGCUGGUCGGCGCGGGGUUCGGCUGGACCUUCUCGAGCCUGCAGCACCUCCGGGCCUACGCCCAGCCCGGAGGGCGCCAUCUGCUGGUCCGCUGCCCCUCCGAGGAGUGGCUGGGCUACGGCCUGGCCCCCUUCUGGACCGAGGCCCUCCCCGAGGCCGAGUGGGCCCGGCGCUGGGGGCCGCAGGGGCCGGGGGGGCACGGCGAGUGCCCGAAGGGAGUCCACGGGCUGUACCGGGAGUUCUACCGCUGCCACCCUCCGGGCCUGUUUGAGCAGCAGAGGAUCGCGCAGUUCUGGAAGGCGGAGACGUCUCACGGCGACCUCACCAUGGGAGACCUGUUCUUGCAGUCCCUGUGGCCGCUGCUCGCAAGCCGCACGCCGCCCUUCGGGGGCGAGCCGUACGCCGCCGUGCACGUCAGGCACGGCGACAAGGCCCUGGACCACACGCCGCUGCUGUCCCUCGGCGCGCUCAUGGCUGCCCUCCGCGGCAACUGGCCCGACAUUCGCAACGUCUUCAUCUCCCAGACUCCCUCGCGUCGUAAGCAAGCACGCCUCUCUUUUUCGUCGGCGGCGAGGCAGAGGUAGCCUGCACCAGCGGUCCAGCAAUCCGUGGCGGCCGGAGAGCGAACAGCCC